AUGCCCUCUAAUCCACCUCCAACCCUUGAAGAGGAUCUCAGUCACGCUCAUUUAUGGUCCCAAGAUAAUGACCAGCGCGACUCGCAAGACAUUUCACCAGCACGUUCAAGUACGAGCACAGAGAAGGGAAAAGAAAAGCAGCUAGACGAAGAAGACACCACAGAGAACCCCAGUUCAGAGUCAUACCCUCCCAUAAAUGACGAUGCAGCCGAGACGCGACGAGUAGAAGAGAACCUACGUCGAUGGGAGUUGGCUGAACGCGAACGACGGAGAGCUGCGCGAGAAUCUGCGCAUGUUAAUAGAGGCGCAGGCGGUCCGUCUUUACUUGGACAAGUAACACGCAAGGCAAGCUUGCUCCUGUCGAAGCGGCCAUCAGUCAGAUCAUCUCCAGGAGGGUUGGGUAACCACCGGGCUCUUCAAUCUAGAGACUCCAUUGACGUGGUACCACUCGACGACAUCGAUCAGAGCCCGCCCACAACUGCGAAUCCGUUCAUACAUCCAUCUGAAACGGUACCGGGGUUUGUCUCCCCACCACUAUCCCCUUUCGUUGAUACGAAGAGGCGGUCUAGAGUGAUGACCGAAACUUUUGACUCGGACUCGCAUACACACCCAUCGCGGCCAGUAACGCCGACACUCGUUCCUCCCCCACAACCGCUAGGGUUACCGCCGCCUUUAACACCACCACCUAAAGGGACUAGACCACGCAUGGCUCCCAUGAAUCCCACACCUCCACCAAUGUUGCGUCAGGAACCCAUAGAACCCGAGCAGGAGGUGAGAUGGUGGCACGACUGGUUAUGUGGAUGCAGCGAAGGACCAGACCGGGGAGGGGAUAACCAGGCUGGACGCACGAAUCCUUUUGAAUGA